CUUCAAAGCUUCAUUUUUGACACGAAAUACAAGUUUAGUGCAAUAUAUUCACAGAGCUAUUUAUUUAAGAUUCUAAAUAACUUGGGCGAUUUUGAUACCACAAAUUGAGAAUUUUGCACCAUUCGAGCAGAAAAUAACUGCCAGUAUGGCUCCUCAAUCGGAAGAUCAUGAUAUGAACAGUAAGUUUUGCAUUUGCGGUGCAGCGCAUUAUGCACCCUUCAAUUAUGUAGAAGCUUGCUAAUAGAUACAAAGUGAGCCGACCCGUAGAUGAUAAUGAAGAUAUGGAGCAAAAGAUUAUCAACGAGGGUACUAAUGCUCUCUCCGAGAAAUGGGGAACUGAACUAAAUUCUGCACUCAGAGUACAAAACAUGGAAGAAGAACAGUCCUUUUCUUUACGAUAUGAUUCUGAGGUACGGGAUUUCACCACUAUCGAUGUUAUGCUUUAACUGACAAUCUCGCAGCACUGCGCUAGAAUGGCCCACCUUGACAACCCAAUGGUUUCCGGAUGUUAAAGAGUAAGCUCAGUACAUCACUCGCUCAUGAACUUAGCUGACGAUAUCCAGACCAGCAGGAAAGAAUUAUUCAGUCCACAGACUUCUUAUUGGUACUCAUACCUCCAAUGGCGCACAGAACUAUCUACAAAUCGCAAACGUCGAGCUGCCAAAAAAUGUCACCCCGAACCAUGUUGAUUAUGAUGAGGAUCGCGAGGAGAUUGGAGGUUACGGAAAAUCAUCAUCAGGGGAACAAGCGGCGAUUAAAAUGACCAUCGAACAGAAAAUCGAUCAUCCAGGAGAGGUUAAUAAGGCCAGGUACCAACCACAAAAUCCAAACAUCAUAGCCACUAUGUGCGUUGAUGGCAGAGUUUUGAUCUUCGAUCGUACCAAGCACAGCAGUCUUCCUAAAGGUAUUGUUAGCCCACAAGUUGAGCUUGUAGGACAUAAAAAGGAAGGUUUUGGUCUGGGCUGGAAUCCACACGUUGCUGGCGAACUUGCGACUGGUAGCGAAGACAAAACAGUCAGGUUAUGGUAUGCAAAAUUAGCGUUUGAAAUUAGGGUUCUACUGACUUGCUAAUAGGGAUCUUAAUACUUUACAAGCGAAUGGUCACCAAUUGAAGUCGAGUAAAGUUUACACCCACCAUACCUCUAUCGUUAACGAUGUCCAAUAUCACCCUCUCCACAAAUCCCUCAUCGGAACAGUCUCAGAUGACCUGACCCUCCAAAUCCUUGAUAUCAGACAACCAGAUACCGAUAAAUCAGUUAGUAAAGGACAAGGACACACCGAUGCCAUCAAUGCCCUGGCAUUCAACUCCGCAUCAGAAUUUGUCUUAGCUACCGCCUCAGCAGAUAAGACCAUUGGUCUUUGGGACUUAAGAAAUCUAAAAGAGAAACUUCACACCCUCGAAGGUCACAUGGAUGCUGUCACUUCUCUCGCUUGGCAUCCAACAGAAGAAGCGAUAUUGGGAAGUGGUAGUUAUGAUCGUCGGGUCAUUUUCUGGGAUCUUAGCAGAGUUGGUAUGGAGCAAUUGCCAGAUGAUCAAGAGGAUGGACCACCUGAAUUGUAAGUUCACCUUUGAUUUUGAAAAUCAGAAGCUUCUAACUUCAUCUAGAUUAUUUAUGCACGGAGGUCACACGAAUCAUCUCGCCGACUUCAGCUGGAACCAAAAUGAACCAUGGGUGGUAUGUAGUGCAGCGGAAGACAAUCUAAUUCAAAUUUGGAAGGUGUCGGAAGGAAUCGUGGGAAAAGAUAUUGAAGAAAUUCCUAUGGACGAGCUGGAGCACUAGAAUUGGUGAAGUUGACUGAAUAGGAGUGAGGCAGGGACGAACAACAUGAAUAGGGAAGAAGAUAUUGAAAUACCCGAGCGUUGUUGAUUAUACGAAUGAAUGGUAGAGGAACGAAAAUAAAUGGAGUCCAUGCGUGCAUUACAUUUAAUUACGUUUGGUGGCGGCGUUGACUUGACGUCGUUCAUUUGGCUAGCUGGUAGAUAAGCUGAUAAUGAUGAAUAUAUCUCAAAUAUUAUACACCAAGCAAAGUCGUGG